AAGCGGUAUUUGAAAUUUCCCGCGCGAUCACGUGAUCCGGCCAUUUACCAAACACCUGUUCGCUCUCUAAAUGGCAACAGCGCAAUUAAAUAUUGCACCUGCGCUAAAUUUCUCAACGGACGUCGACACAGCGUUGUCUCGGCUGCGAUGCGUUUCAUGUGCGGAAAGAAUGUUGGGUUACAAUAGACAAAGCCAUGAUGCUGAAAAUCUUUUCUCAGGUUCGUCCGACGAUGACACCAGCUACAUUGGUAAGAAAGGUUCGGGCAGUUCGGCGAAUGAAUUCGAUGAGUCGAUUCAAGCCAUGUGCGAUAUUUAUGGACAGACACCGCCGAGAACUCGUCUGAAUCGCAAGAAGAAAUACAUGAAGCAGAGACUUAAUGGAGGAGAUACGAAAUCGUUAGACAAGGAGACACCGUCGAAAUUACUGAUUCGCAGACGAAACACUUUGGACAGUAUAAUUUUCAACGAAAUGUGCGAUAAGGCGGACAGAGAUUGCGAGAACGAGGCGAAUCAGGAUAUGGCGAAAGAGGGAAGCCGGAAAUGUAAAAGAAGCCUAAAAGUAUUGCGCGGGACUGAACGAGAUUUGAAACUCGACAUGAAAGCUGCGUACAAUUAUGCCGAGAAAUUUGAUCACUGUCUAAUAUCCACUCCAAAUCCUAUAAAGAUUGAGACUAGAAACAGAUUUCGUUGUCUGCGAUCGAAACCCAUUGAUGUAGAAGAGAAGAAGAUUGAAACUGUAAUAGAUGAGCCAGAUUUAGUCAUAAAUAGUAGGGAAAGUGUAUCACAGUCGCCACAAACAUUGGGUCUUAAGGAGCGAGAAAUAUUUCACGAUACGUUUUCGUUUCUUAUUAGACUGGGUAGCACAGAACGUAAUUGUCGGCGCCAGAUAAGUCACGAGGAGACUCGUUGGCAAAACGAGCUGAAAGAUCUGAUAUGGUUAGAAUUACAGGCUCACCAUGCUGAUCGCAAUCCUGUGGCUCAAGACGAGUACUUGUGCAAGCAACGCGAGGCUGUAGAAGGUUUACUCAAGGAAAUAAUGGAGUACAGAUACGACCCUAUUGCAAGCGUAAAGAAUAGUAAUACACCUUGGAUCAAUUUGAACACUAAAUGCGUAGAUCGUAUGGUGUCUUCAGGGUCCAGCCCGAAUAUAGAGUUAGGUAUUUGUCCAGGCUGCCUCUCGAUGUAUUGCAGAGCGUGCGCGCGAGCACAGGGUGAAGCAUUACAACAAGUGGAGGGUUUAUUAGCAAGAUUAGAAGUGGCAGAAUCGCUUUAUCCUUCGUCGCAAGCUUUGGCCGCACAAUAUCCGUUAUAUAAAAGUACAGAAUUUAUUGGUAGAGUGAAAGCGAUGUGUCUCUGGUACAACAUGACGAAACAUCAUCGACUCAAAUUGCAAAUACUGGGAAAGCUGCUCAUGAUGUUACGUACUAAGAAAAAGCAUGAUGAAAAUGUAGAUUCUGGAAUAAGUUCUCGAUCUUCGGAUACUGUUGAUUCUUCAGAGCACAGACAUAUUUUGGUACGAUUCGAAAUGUCGAAUCCACAGGAAGAAACUUCUAGCCCCUCCGAUAGUAAUAACAGUAAUAAUUCUUCUGUUGGUUUAUCGUUCGCACAGUCGUGGCCUUCCACCCCCGAAACUUCCUUGACAUGCCUGGAAGACGAUAAAGUAGAACGGCUCGAUUUUUAUUUGGUCGAGUUUGACCGACAAGCCUAUAGGAAAUAUAUCGAAGAUGUACUGAAAACCAGAGGUCUGAGAAAAAGUUUGAACUUUUUAGAGAGAUUGCAUACUUCUGUUUUAAGAAAAGCAAGACUGACCCUAGAAAAGAUUGAUGUAAGCGAAUGUGAUAAUUCUGUGAACGAAGAGUAUGAAGGUGAUGAAGAGUUACGCCGAUAUGGUGUGUGGAGUCCGGAAGCCAGGGAAUUAAAUCUUCCAUCGUAUAGGGCUGCUUUUGUAUUUUUGUCGCGAGUCCCGUUAGAUAUUAUCCAUGAAUUUUUACGAAUGCGAUUGGAGCAAAAACCGGAACAACCUAGUCCAUUAUCAGUGAGGCAGCUAAUGCGCGAACUUAGAGAAGGUCUUAGAAUCGCUUGUAUUCAUCGUGACAGAUUCUCUGCUCACUCUUCUGCAGCUAUAGUUAGCAAUGGUGAUAAUUGCGGCCAAUUGUUCCAAGAAGAUGUAAAAGACUUUGAUGAAAGCUUGAAAGCUGUUUUUGAGGUAUAUCUGGACUACCUGCAGCAAUGGGUAGACAUGGUACAACAUGAUAGUUUCCAUAAAAAUUUAAUCAUGGACGAGUGGAUAUUCGUGAAGUCAAUUGCUGGAAAUAUAUUGAACGGUUACAAGAUUGCUGGAGUAAAAUUUUGUGAAAUAGCGAAGACGAUGAUUAAACAAGUCAGAGAGUUUCUUAACGAGAGACCCAGGGAGAUUAAAGAGACUACAGAAGAAUGGAGCGACGACGAUGAUUUGCCGAACAAAUACCACUUUAUGUUCGUGGGCCGGGAAUGGCAAGGGAUGUUCGUGGAGGCUCGAGAAAAGGUUGUUAAAAGCGUCACUCUAGCCAGGUGUUUAAAACGUGAUAUCGAAAAGUGGUCUGUUUUCGAAGAGGAAUUAGAAGAGUCCUUAAAAAUGUUAAAGGAAACGGUUAUGGAUUUGAGACAUCAGAUAACAGUUGUCAUCACCAAUUUCCAACGCGACCUCGAACAAGCUGAAGAACCGAACAGCGAGUGUGACAGAUUCGCUUUCUGUUCCCGAGUCAGGGAAAUACUUCAUCAAGCUUAUCGCAUGGGCUUUGAUUAUUACAAGGAAACGUGUAAAUUAUUUGCGCUGGAAGAGAAAGCCGUUCUAGCCCGUGGUUUAGUUUCUUUCGCUCUAUUGUGGAUGGAGUUUGUCCGAACGCGUUGCGAACGUGGAAGAGGUUUAAGGCCCAGAUGGGCAAAUCAAGGUUUAGAAUUUCUUAUCACAGUUUGCGAACCGCAUAAUACCAAACAUUUAUCCGACAAUGAAUUUGAGGAACUAAAAACCUGCAUGGAUCGUUGCAUUUCGCAUGUCGUUGGAAGCGCCAAUAUAGCCACAAACGCAGAAACAGAAAGUUUUAGAAGACUGUCUCAUUCGAGAGCUUCAUCACCUUGCCACGCAAGAAGUAGAACUGCAAGUAUUUCCCAGAAGCCUAGAGAAGCUUUCAAAUCGCCUGAUGUCUCAACGAAUUCCAAAAAAUCCUUCUCACCAAGCGUAGUAGACGGAAGUGCGCCAGUUAUGAACACGUUUGAUCGUAGCGUAUCCAGGCAGGAGAGAGUUACUCGUGCUAUAAGAAAGGUAGACUGUGAUAUUGACGACAGGCUAAGGGGCCGUGAACUUAUUGGUCAAGUUACAGAUAGGAAGGCUGUAGAUAGAGUUCAUGUUAAAGCGAGAAGAGUUACGUUCACUUGGCAAAGGGGUAUUAAGAUAGGACAAGGAAGAUUUGGUAAAGUGUAUACUGUAGUCAACAAUCAGACUGGUGAGUUACUAGCCAUGAAAGAGGUUCAGUUGCAACCUGGAGACCAUAGAGCGAUCAGGAGAGUGGCAGAAGAGUUGCAGAUAUUUGAAGGGAUUCAACACAAACAUCUAGUUCGAUAUUAUGGGCUAGAAAUUCAUCGAGAAGAGAUGUUAAUUUUCAUGGAAUUCUGUGCGGAAGGGACGUUGGAAAGUUUGGUAGCUGGAAGUGGAAAUGGUUUACCGGAGUCACUAGUUAGGAAGUAUACUCACCAACUCCUUUCGGCCGUCGAGGUGUUGCACUGUCAUGGAAUAGUACAUCGUGACAUUAAAUCUGCCAAUAUUUUUUUAACGGACGAGGGUAAUUGUCUGAAACUCGGAGACUUUGGAAGCGCCGUGCAAAUUAAAGCACAUACUACAAUGCCUGGUGAAUUGCAAGGAUUUGUUGGCACUCAAGCUUACAUGGCACCAGAGGUAUUUAUGAAGUCAGAGAGUGGUGGACAUGGUAGGGCAGCUGACAUUUGGUCGGUUGGUUGUUGCAUCGUGGAAAUGGCCAGUGGACGAAGACCUUGGUCAGAUUACGAUUCAAAUUACCAAAUUAUGUUUAAGGUAGGAAUGGGUGAGACUCCAGCAUUGCCAAAAAAUCUCUCAGCCGAGGGGAUUGACUUAAUCAAGAAGUGUUUGCAACAUGAUCCGAAGAAAAGAUUUACUGCGAACGCCUUACUUACACUUCCAUUUGCGCAAGCGUACGAAGACGUUAAUGCUGACUUAACAGUAGCGCGCCAAACGUAGAAUUUCUGAUUCUUUCGAAUCUGAAAAUAAUAUUAUUACCUGUAUCAGGUUAUAUUAGUAGUACACAUAGUUAAAACUAUUUUUGUAUCACAUAAUUUUUUCAGUCAUAAUAUUUCGGUUGUUAUAGAUGAAAAAGAUAUAUAUUUAUAUGUGAAAAUUGAGUAAUUUGCAGUAUUAAAAUGCAAGAAAAAAAAGAUUUCAAUGUCUAUGUAUACUGCAUGAAUUAGGAUUUCUAAACUUAUAUCAUAUCACUGUUUAUGAUGUACUUUAAAUUAUUUUUUAAUGUUGAGAAAUAUACAUAUAGUUUUUACUGCGUUGUAAUUGACGUUGUAUUUUAUGCAGAAGAAAAUAAAAAAAAACACGGGUAGUGUCACAGUUGUGUUUAUUUUUGCACAAGAAAACGUACACAUAAUACAACAUACUUGCCGCAAAGUAGUUAAUUACAGAGGUAUGCUGUGUAUACUUUCUGUGUGAACAGAAAGUGAAAUGUGCUAACAAGUUUAUCUAAUUAUAUUAGACGCGUACGAAGACGGCUAUAUCAACAUUACUUUCUUGCCGUAGCUUAAUAAUUCAUAUUUAAUCAUGGAAACACAGUUUCACUUAUUUUAUCACAUUUUACCAUACAUACAAUUUUCACAUAUGGCACGCCGAGGAAUCCUUUGUAUUCUUCCUAUUAAAUAUUUAAAUUUUUGAAUUUCCCGCCAUUGCACUGCCUGGCGGGAGACUGUGCCAUAUACCGAUCAAUUAAUAAUUUGACAUUAACUAAUAGUAGUCUUCGUACGAAAUACUUUCAAUUCUAUCGAUUUACAGGAAUAUUUCCUAUUCAAUAAAAUUAUUACUAUGGUUGGCUUUCGCCUGAUAUGCGCGAUAUUCUUGGCCGCAUGGGUGCGAUCGCAAAUGAUCUUGCGAUAGAGUUACAAGUUAUCUUUAACAACACCUUAUGUUCCAUCUUAUCUUAAAUUUAAUAGGUAUUUCGUGUCUUAAAGCUAAAUAUAGAACACUUUCAUAUGUCAUGAAGAGAUGCGCGAAGAGAGAUGUACAUUUUCAGUGUUAUGCUUAAACACGUGCGUCGAUAUGUGUAUGCACAUAACAAUAUGCGUAAAACAUACGGUACCUUGCGUAUUGUUUCGUUUAGUAACUGUAUAAAGGAACUAGCACAAUUCCUUGCGUUCGUCAAAGAUUCACACUCGUGUGUAGAAAAACGAAGCAAAAUCCUUUAAACUCUAAAUACGUAACAGAUAACGACGGUAUAGAGAUAAAACUGCAUAUUCCAUCAAAUGACAAUUCUAACGUACGCGGAAUAUAUUUGUACAGCGGAGAAGUAGUAACAAAGCUUCAAGGAGCAACUUCAUAAAAUAUGAAUAAUGUCAACAAAUGUGCCGUAUCAUGUAACACGUGGGUGUGCUGUAUGUAUAGGUGUGCAUUUCUCUAUUCGCCUCUAAAUUAUUCGCAAACUAUAACAACUUCGUACAAGGCGAGAACGUUGCUAAGGGAAACUCUAGGAAAAUUCAGUGGUGCUAGGGGAAUUUUGAAAGGAGUCUAAUGAGAGGUUAGGGAGGACCCAUAAGGACAAACAGAGAAGUCUAUAGAAGAUAAACCUAGUUCUUCAAUGGACUCAAGAGAGAAUUCAAAAUUCCUAGAAAGAUUUGAGAAGAUUCUAAAGGGAAGUUAUGACCUAAGUACUUUGAAACUUUGUCAUUUUCAUUCAAUCAAAUCAUUAAAGUCCCUAAUUUUCAGAUUCUAAGAUGCUUAGGGAACUGGAAGUUCUUAGGGAGGACUCAUAAGGAAAUAGAGACAGUCUAUAGAACAUAAACCUAGUUCUUCAAUGGACCCAAGAGAGUAUUCAAAACUCCUAGGAAGAUUUGAGAUCCUAAAGAGAAAUUCUAAGAUGUUUGGGAAAAUGGAAGGUCUAAGAAGUUGAACUCCAAGCAAAUAGGGGAAUCCCCGAGAAGGAAUGCCGUUUAGAGAGGUGAUAGUUUGAGGAAACGAAUUCGUCGCUUAAGAGCUCAGAACUCAAGGAGGGGAAGUAAUUGUAAUUAGAAUAGUUGAUUAGAUGUAGAAGAUUAACGCGAUAGAGAGAUAGAGAGCUAUCGUCAACGUUUACCGGUCUAUCGAGAAGGGCAAACCGCCGACCUACCUAAGAAUUGGACAAGAGUUUACUGUGCGGGCGCCAACACACGAACGAUUGGCCACGUUUUUUAGAAUGUGUUGCAACAGACGAGGUCCGUGCGCUAGAAAUCAUUUUCUCUACCUUACCAUCUUACUUUCUCGGUCCCUACUCGUGUAUUCUAUCUCCGUGUCUAUCGAGGAUUUCGCACGAUCAAACAAUAGUGAAAAAGAAAGGAACGUUGACGCUUUACCGAUGACGUCAAAGAUGUACGUCAGUCGGUAAAACGUUAACCUUGUACAUAAUUCUUUUUUAGUCAAAUUCGAUUCGAUAUAAAUGCGCCUGUAAAUAUAAAAGUAGCUCUCGAUAGUUUCUAACUCGAUAAAGUCAUUACACGCGUGUUACAAACAAAAUGAUUCACAAUCAGGUUAGAUUUAAACGAUUAACUUUCUAACGAGACAUGUACAAUUUAUAAAGCGUACGUUUCGAUGAAAACUGUUAAUAUGCUACCAAAGAAACAUUACAUUUUGCGAAUCUAUUGUCGAUUUACUUUAAACGAAUUCUUUAACGCUACACGCCCAGUUAUACAUACAUAGUUCCUAAAUAUCCCUAGAUAUCACUUGUCUAAUCUCGCGGUUACAUCGAAGGUUACAGUUUCUCUAGAACACUUAAAGUGGUGAGAUUAAAUUCGUUUAAACACCCGUAUGCUACCAUUAAUAAAUUAGACACGAACUAUCGUUAAUUAACAAUUACAAUCAACAGUGAUAUGAAAACAAUUACUGUCCGCUUUCAGAGGAAAGGAACUUCCAGCGCUCGGACAUGUUCGAGGAUAUUCGUAACAGGACUAGGAUUUAACGAUUGACCAAUUUAUGGAUCAGAACUUUCCAACCGUUUCGUCGAUAUUCGAUCUUCUGCAGAUUUUGUGAAUUUUCAAAUUAUCUCCAAGUAAAGUAACUUAAGAUAUCAAGAAACAAGUCUUCAAAUAUCAACGAAACACUUGGACCUUUCAUUUAUGUAUUGGUCAAAAUGAUCGAUUAUAUUCGACAUUAAUAGCGAGAGAGUUGAUUCGGUAAUUCGCAGAGCGAUAGAAAAAAGCUUCUCUUCGAAGUAGCACAAUCUUAUAUACUUGUGUAUGUGCGCGUGAUUCUACGGGGUCCACAGCUGCAAAGAAGACACGUGGCUCCAGCUCUUAGUUCAAAUCCCUUGAUUUAGUGGAAAGCCCUCAGUACAGCCAAUCAGAACCACAUGCCUUCUUUCCGGCUGUGAAUACAAGGAAGGAUAACUUUCUAAAAAUGAUCGCAGGUUCACGUUCCACGUGGUCGUCGCAAAAUUGACCGCCCUAGGAGAAGCUUCCACCUACCAUGGCGGAAAUCUAUGCUAACGAUAUGUAAAAUUGCUAGCUAAGACCCGAACGACGGCAGCAGCCCCGAACGGAGGGGAAUACCAAACAUUGUCUACCAACUUGUGCGAGUUUGAGUUGUAAUGGUAACUAGAUUUAUAUACAACGUCUUGCAACCGGCAAUACUUUCCUUAUCGUUGGCCCGCCUGUUUCAACAUGGCCGCCAUGUCCCGGAGGCUCUGCUCGA